AUGGAGACCGCCGAGCGCUCGGGGCGCGGAGCCGGCGAGGGCGCGCGGCGCCGCCGCCUGCUGCCCGCGGACCCGGCGGCCUCCGGGUACCGCGCCCCGGCCCCGCCCCGCGCGCCCCCCGCAGCCCUCCCGCCCGCACCUCCCCGGCUCCUCCCCGCCGCUCUCCGCCCCCACAGCCCCCGGGCCCCGCUCGGCUGCCGGCGUGCUCGCGGGUCCGCGCUCACGUCUCCUCUGCGCGCCUUGUGUUCCCCACCCCGCAGAUCCGCAGGCUUCUGGAGACCGUGGGUUGACGCCCGAGCCGAGGAGGAGGAGGAGGAGGCGCCGUACCACGCCGCCGAGGCGAUGCCAGGUAGCCCCGGAAUGCCAGAAGCCUCAGGAAAGCUUUUCCGAUACAGGCACCCAGUCAGACUAUUUUGGCCAAAGUCAAAGUGUUAUGAUUACUUAUAUCAAGAAGCAGAAGCUCUUCUGAAAAAUUUUCCAAUUCAAGCCACAAUUUCAUUUUAUGAAGAUUCUGAUAGUGAAGAUGAAAUUGAGGAGCUGAUCUGUGAAAAUUAA